UGUAUGUUCGAUGUGUGUGUGUGCUGUUUGUUUGUUUGUUCAAACUUCGGUAAAAUUCAUUUUUAUUUUCUUUUCUUUUUUCUCUAACUUUUGGCCUUAACAUCAUCACGAAAUUAAAUUUUUGCCUCGUUGCCCAAUAAUUGUUCAAAAUUUAUUUCCAUCAACCGUUUAUUGGUGUUGAAAUUUUUGGAAAAAUAGAAUUUCCCGACGAAAAAAUAAAAAUGACUGACAAAACAGCAGCAAAGAUUGAUAUACCGGAUAUUAUUAUAAAUCCACAGACGAAAAAACAAUAUCAACGAGGCAAAUUUCUUGGCCGUGGUGGUUUUGCUAAAUGCUAUGAAUAUACUGAUUUAUCAACAAAAAAAAUGUAUGCCUGUAAAGUUAUUUCCAAAACUCAAUUGGUCAAAGAUAAACACAAGACAAAGAUGAGUUUAGAAAUAUCCAUACAUCGUAGUGUGGAUCAUAAACAUAUUGUCAAAUUUUAUUCAUUUUUUGAAGAUUCAAAUUUUGUAUACAUCAUAUUGGAAUUAUGUGGUAAACGUUCAUUGAUGGAAAUGCAAAAACGACGUAAACGUAUUAGUGAAGCAGAAUUACGUUAUUAUGUUCGUCAAAUAACAUUGGCUUGUGUUUAUCUACAUAAUUCACGUAUCGUACAUCGUGAUCUUAAAUUAGGAAAUCUAUUUCUUAAUGAUGAUAUGCAGGUAAAAUUAGGCGAUUUUGGUCUUGCAACCAAAUUAAAUCCAGGUGAACAAAGAAAAACAUUAUGCGGUACACCAAAUUAUAUUGCACCGGAAAUAUUAUUAGAAGCUGGACAUGGAUUCGAAGUAGAUGUAUGGUCAUUAGGUUGUAUUGUGUUUACAAUGGCUGUUGGCAGACCACCAUUCGAAACGGAAGAAUUAAAAAACACUUAUCGAAAAAUUAAAAAAAAUGAUUAUACUAUACCGAAUGAUAUAAAUCCAGAAUUGGCUACAUUUAUUCAUAAAAUGCUUCAAGCUGAUCCAAGUAAACGUCCAACAAUGCAACAAAUUCUUAAUGAUCCAUAUUUGAACAAUAAUUAUAUUCCAUCAUGUUUGCCAACAUCAUGUCUUAGUGUUGCACCACGUAUCAAUGAAAAUCGUCUUUCAAUACUUGCUCACGGUGAAGGUUUUCGACGACCAUUCUCCGAGAUGGCUAAUCAAGCUAAAGAUGGGCAAAGUGCCAAAGAAACUAAUGGUCAGACUCCGAUGGCCGGUGAUAAUCAACCAGCCAACAACAGAGAACUUGUUCCAUUACAACCACUGAAUGAAAAUGAACCAUCUGAUUAUUAUCUAUCAGAAUUACGUGAACAAUUGUCAAAAUUAUUAAGCUCCAACCGAUUGCGUUCAAAACCACCAUCAAACGAUGAUGAAGCUGAACAUCCAGCAUCAAUUCCAUGCUAUUGGGUUAGUAAAUGGGUUGAUUAUACUGAUCGUUAUGGUAUUGGCUAUCAAUUAUGCGAUAACAGUAUUGGUGUAUUAUUCAAUGAUUUGACUAAAUUCAUAUUGAUGCCCGACGAAACGAAUUUCCAUUACAUCGACAAGAAUGGUGUUGAAGAAUAUUACAAAUAUAAUUCUGACUAUGCUCCUAAUCAUCUUGUUAAAAAGACAACAUUAUUCCGUUAUUUUAGAAAUUAUAUGAAUUGUCAUCUAAUGAAAAUGGGUGAACGACAAAGACAACAAUUGGGAGAAAAAGAAGACAUGGUAAGAGUACCAUAUAUUAACAUUUGGUUCCGUACAAAUAGUGCCAUUGUUUUCCAUCUGACCAACGGUACUGUUCAGAUAAAUUACUUCAAAGAUCAUAUUAAAUUAAUAUUAUGUCCACAUAUGGCUGCCGUUACUUAUGUAAAUGAAACGGGUGAUUUUCAAGCCUAUAAAUUUUCACUUCUUGAAGAACAUGGUGUCAAUUCCGAACUAUUAAAUCGUUUAAAAUAUGCUAAAGAAGUAUUGGUACAUUUACAAAAAAAGGCAUUGAAAAAAUGAAGUAUCGACUACAUUUAUAAGUAUCUACACAGUUGGCUAUAAAUUCUUCAUCUAUAACUUAUUAUAAUCACUGAUCAAUUAAUUUAUCACAUUUGAUUUGACUUUAACACA